CCCUGUGAUUACCCUGCUGCUGCCCUAAGCCCUGAGGACCUGACCAAACUCCAGGACGCCAUCAUGGAUGAGGUCCUUAAAGGGUGGAAGCACGCACUGGUCUUUUGUGGGGUAUUUUUCAGGUCAGGUAUGCUCCUUGUGGACUGCAAGGAUGAGCGGACCGCAGCAUGGCUGGUGGAUAAGGCACCAAACAUUGAGGGAUGGGAGGGGCCCGCGUUAUGUACCAAGAGGGGGGAUGAUAUCCCGCCGGUGCAUAAUAUCUCGGUGUUCUUCCCAAGAUGCGCCGAUAAAUCGGCGGAGUACGUGCUGGGGCUCAUCAAGGCCCAGAAUGAGGACAUCCACACUGCUGCGUGGAAGGUGGUUUCAUGCGGCGCCGAAGACAACGGUCUCAGGCUCAACCUGGGGAUCGAUGAGGCGUCGUAUGUCAGCAUCAAGAGGACCGGAUUCACAAUCACCUUCCGUUACAGUUAUGUUAUGGUGCGGCCGUGGCGGCAUAAGACGACAGGCAGCAAGGAGUCAGAGUCCCAAGACAUGCAAGUCGACGAGGCUACUGACUCCACUGCUGCCCCAGCGACCGAGUCGACCACGGCCCCACUGGGAGAUCAGCUAUCGGAAUUAGCACAGGCACCAGCUCUUGUGAGCGCUCCCGGGCCAAGUGUCACCGACUACAUGCGCACCACACAAGAGCUCCUAGCGGACAUAAGCAGGCUCGAACUUGACAGAGAGGGCGAGGGUGAGGCACGGCUCUCGAACAUCGAGGACGAGCCCCAACUAUGAGCCCAACAGCGCUAACAGUAGCCCAGGUCAACUUGCAUCACGCGGUGGCCGCCUCGGCGAUCAUUGCAAGCAGGUUUGCCACGGAGGACCUGGGAAUCCUACUGAUACAGGAACCGUUGACCUACAGAGGCCAGGUGAGGGGCCUAAAUCAUAACAACAAUAAGGUAAUUUGGGACCUUUCCUGCGAGAGGCCCAGAGCGUGCGUAGUGCUAAAGAAUAAUAUUAAUUACUUUUGCAUUACAGAAUUUCUUACACAGGAUCUGGUAGCGGUCCAAGCUACCUUAAGGGUC